AUGUUGUUGCCCACAUUUCAAUCUUCAUUCUUCUAGAUCUAUACGACUUCUACGACUGUUAAUGUGGCAGUUUUUUUGGACAAAUUGGUUAUCGAAGGAUUCAAGGGUCGAAAGCAAAAGGUCUUGGAGUUUGUUUAAACAAGUUAUUGUAUUGAGUGGGAUUACGCUAUAAGUCAGAAUAAUUAAUUGAUGGGCUUCACAUUAUGCUUAGAUGGACAAAGACGAUAUUAAUUUGAAGGUGAGGUGUUAAAUGUAACUGGACUGAGAAGUGUUUUAAAAGGCAAAAUUGGUUUUUUCAAUUGGGAAAAGGAGUUUUCCUUCUAGAAAUGGAUAAAGAAGACUGAGCAUUGUGAAAUUUUUCAAGUUUUACGGGGCGAAAAUUUAAAAGUAAUAAAAGUCCUGCAAGACAAUUAGACCAAUUUAGAAUUAUCGGUCAAUCAUAUAUUAAAUCAAAAACCUCAUGUCAAUCUUCUUCACUGCGAUGAGUUCUACAGGGACGAACAACAAAUUUAUUUAGUGAUGGAUUAUCAUAGUUUAUCACUAGAGGAUUUGUAAAAGGAAUACAGUAAUAAAAUGAUACCCCUCAAUAUUAUUCGAAUAAUCUUAUAAUAAUUAUUAGAAGGACUUAAUCAUUUGCAUUCAAACCAAAUAAUCCAUAAGGACUUGAAGUAUGGCAACGUGUUGUUGACCCCAAACCAAACCGUUAAGAUCUUCGAUUUCGGCUUAUCACAAAUAGGCUAAAAUACUAAUAUCCGAUCAGGAACAGGAGGUUAUUUAGCCCCUGAGGUAUUUCAGAAUUAACCGAUUACUUCCAAAAGUGACAUCUUCAGUCUCGGAGUGAUAUUCCACAAAAUGCUGACUGGAAAGGGGAUAUUUAAAAACCUUGAAGAAAACAUGGCAGGCUAAAUGAGGAUUAGUUCUCAAUUGAAGGAUAAGAAUGCCAAAGAUUUACUGUUAGCAAUGUUGAAUUAGGAUCCAGAAUUAAGAUUUACAGCUGAGGACUGUUUAGCUCAUCCUUUUUUCAUUGGGGAAUAUGAUAAGCCUUCAUAAAAGUAUGAUAUCAUUAUCAGCUGA